AACGCGCAGGGGCGCAGGGCGGCGGCGGAAACGCUGCGAUCUCUGUGGCGAGGCCCGGCGUCUCCCGAUUGGGUCCGGUGGCGCGCGGCGGAGCGGAUAACAAACGACGGGGCGGCUCGCCUCGGCCUAUCGCUUUCUCCAGAUCUCCUCCCCUCGCCUCGCAGGUCGCAGCAGGCACACGCGUACCCCACCAACCCAAAUCGCUUUAGACCCGAUCACCCGAAGCGUUUCUCAGAGCAAAGCUGCUCGUGCAACAAGCGAAGAGGCGAAAGAGAGAAAGAGUUGGUGGCAACUGGCAAGGCAGAUGGCGUCGCCGUCGUCGUCGCUGUGCUCCGGCUUCGCCUCCCUGCGGACGGCCUCCCUUGGCCACCGCCGCGGCCUCGUCUUCUCCACCCCCAGGAAAGCAUUCCAAGUGAGGGCAUCAGCUCGGGUUGACAAGUUCUCAAAGAAUGACAUCAUUGUGUCCCCCUCCAUUCUAUCUGCAAACUUUUCCAAGCUUGGUGAACAGGUAAAAGCUGUGGAGGUGGCAGGAUGCGACUGGAUUCAUGUUGACGUCAUGGAUGGACGAUUUGUGCCAAAUAUCACGAUUGGACCUUUGGUUGUUGAUGCUCUCCGUCCAGUGACUGAUCUUCCAUUGGAUGUACAUCUGAUGAUUGUGGAACCUGAGCAGCGAGUCCCAGAUUUUAUUAAGGCGGGUGCUGAUAUUGUUAGUGUCCACUGUGAACAAUCAUCAACCAUCCAUUUGCACCGAACAGUCAAUCAGAUUAAAAGUCUAGGAGCAAAGGCAGGAGUUGUUUUGAAUCCAGCGACUCCACUCACUGCAAUAGAUUACGUUCUUGAUGUUGUCGACCUGGUCUUGAUUAUGUCUGUGAAUCCUGGGUUUGGUGGCCAGAGCUUUAUUGAGAGUCAAGUAAAGAAAAUUGCAGAGUUGAGAAGAUUAUGUGCAGAGAAGGGAGUAAACCCCUGGAUUGAGGUUGAUGGUGGUGUUGGUCCACAAAAUGCCUACAAGGUCAUUGAAGCUGGGGCGAAUGCCAUUGUUGCUGGUUCUGCAGUUUUUGGGGCUCCAGACUACGCUGAAGCUAUCAAAGGAAUCAAGACCAGCGAAAGACCUGUAGCAGUACCAGCAUGAGGAACUGGAACUGCACUCAAUUACCCUGUGUAAGUUUAGCAGUGCUGCGACUUGUGUCUUGAUGAGCCAUACGUUAUAUUGGACAUUAAAGAAGACUGGGGGCGGUGAAGAAAUAUCCCUCUUCUGCCCUCAUUUCCUCAAGGGUGCCUGCCUUGUACUGCUUCCCAGAAUGUUGUGUGAUAUUAAAACGUAUACGGGAUCAUUCUUGGCGAAAAUCCAGCCAUGGGUACAUCGGCAGUUGAUCGAAACCCUGGUCCCAGGGCGUUCAUGGAAUUUUGCCUCCUCAAUUUUCCACUUUUAAACCUGUCUGGAACUUUAGGGGUUGUGGGAGUACGUUACAUGCAUUUUAUGCUGCUGUUUUGUGAUUGUUUUACGAGUUCUCAAGAGGAGUAUUAGCACUGUUUUUGUAGCCGUUUUAACCAUAUCAUGAAUCAACGGUGAACUUCUCUCUUCAA